CACUUAUGAAUGAGUUUUGACAAGAAGCGUACUUGUUUUUACCUAGAGAUUUUUAAUCAAUAUUAUCUCAUACUUUUCUUUCAAAAACCUUGCUCUGUUGUGUAGUGUUACGUACCCUGUGUACCACUAUGCCGCAUCGCACGUGUAGGCAGUGUUGAUGUUGUGUUGUGUGGUACGGCGUGGGGAUACGCGCCCCAACACAAACUCUUGGUGAUUGUCUCGUUCGAUUGCCUCUUUAUUUUCUUCUAGUAACGAAAGUUUCUGCAGAAAACCAUCAGAGAACCCGUGGAUAAACUACGAGAUAUGCAAUGGAUUUGAACAUUAUUGUUCAGAACGACAGCGACCCCAUUGCAAAGAAUAUCGUCGUGACGAUGAUAAAAACAGCGUACACACUGGGGUAUGAAGCAGUCGCCCUGAACACUGUAAUUGGUGAGGAUGCCCUUAAUGAGAAGAACAAGAUACCCGAACCACCACUCUUUUAUAUACAAGACUUUGAUUUCUCUGAGCACCAAACACAGAAAAGGAGGUUUAAGGUACUGACUCGUUUAACCGCUAUAGCAGACGAGAGCAUACAGUGCCAUCGACUGUUUCAGUCUGCAGUUGCCAAGAAAUAUGACCUGCUGGCCAUAGUGCCUCGCCACGAGAAACUUCUACAGCAUUUAUGUAAUAAUGGUGAAUUUGAUAUAAUUUCACUACCAUUUGAGUCUCGAAUGGGCUAUAACGUAAAGAGACAACAGCUUGGUACGGCAGUUAGCAGAGGCCUGUUCUUUGAGAUUCAGUACGCACACUGCAUUAAUGACCAGUCUGCACGACAGCAAGUUAUAGCAAACUGUUGCAGUCUUAUGCAAGUGACAAAAGGAAAGGGCAUAGUGAUUAGUAGCGGAUCAAUGCAGCCAUAUCAUCUACGAAGCCCAGCCGAUGCAGCCAAUCUGGGUUUCCUUUUCGGCUUGACUGAGUCCACCGCACGGGAUGCCACAUAUGGAAACUGCAAGAGUGUAAUCUUGCAUGCACAAACAAGGAGAAGAGAAAACAGGGCUAUAAUAUUUUCUAAAGACAUUAGACAGCUGCCCAAAGACGACGCUUGGUUGGUGGAGUCUUGCAAACUGCAGGAAGACCACGAAUCUGUUGCGAAGCGUACCCUAGAAGAAACCCCCGACGACAAGGAGCCAUUGAGCAAAGGAGAAAAGCAGCCGCCCAAGAAAAAACGCAAGAAAGGGUGCUCAAAGGGUGCAGCCACUUCGUCAGCUUAGUGUUACGUUCAUUUGUUGCCAAAUUCAGUAUCAGGUGCUCAGUUUUGCACCUCUAGCUCCAUGUUGGCUGCUCAUCACAUGCUCAUGCACGAUGAAUAAAAACAAAUAAUGGACAAAUAUAGUAAUUGAUUCAAGGAAUAAAGUAAUGGUGGCUAUCA